UCGUUUCUGUCAGUCGCGCAGCAGUGUCUGGCGGCGCUGGGUGGGAAGUGCUGUUGUGUUCCUUGGACUUCGUUGUUGGGAUUUAACGAAAUUUUGGGAGUCUCUACCACAGCCCUCACCAUGUCGGUCCCAAGCGCACUCAUGAAGCAGCCGCCCAUUCAGUCUACGGCUGGGGCCGUCCCAGUUCGCAAUGAGAAAGGUGAGAUUUCAAUGGAAAAAGUGAAAGUAAAACGUUAUGUGUCUGGAAAGAGGCCAGAUUAUGCCCCUAUGGAGUCCUCAGAUGAAGAGGAUGAAGAAUUUCAAUUCAUUAAGAAAGCUAAGGAACAAGAAGCAGAGCCUGAAGAACAGGAGGAAGAUUCGUCCAGUGACCCCCGACUUCGGCGUUUACAGAAUCGCAUUAGUGAAGAUGUGGAAGAGAGAUUGGCUCGACACCGGAAAAUAGUGGAACCUGAGGUGGUAGGAGAAAGUGAUUCAGAGGUAGAAGGAGAUGCCUGGCGCGUGGAACGAGAAGACAGCAGUGAAGAAGAGGAGGAAGAAAUUGAUGAUGAGGAAAUAGAGCGGCGCCGUGGCAUGAUGCGUCAGCGAGCACAGGAGAGGAAAAAUGAAGAGAUGGAAGUCAUGGAAUUAGAAGAUGAAGGGCGCUCUGGGGAGGAGUCGGAGUCAGAGUCUGAGUAUGAGGAGUACACGGACAGUGAAGAUGAAAUGGAGCCUCGACUUAAGCCUGUCUUCAUUCGAAAGAAGGACCGAGUGACAGUUCAGGAACGGGAAGCUGAAGCAUUGAAACAGAAGGAACUGGAGCAGGAGGCAAAACGCAUGGCUGAGGAGCGGCGCAAGUACACACUAAAGAUUGUAGAAGAAGAGACCAAGAAAGAGCUGGAGGAGAACAAGCGGUCCCUCGCCGCACUGGAUGCACUCAAUACGGAUGAUGAAAAUGAUGAGGAGGAAUACGAGGCAUGGAAAGUCCGAGAGCUCAAAAGAAUCAAGAGGGACAGAGAAGACCGAGAAGCGCUUGAAAAGGAAAAAGCAGAAAUUGAACGCAUGCGAAACCUGACUGAGGAAGAAAGGCGGGCUGAACUUCGGGCAAAUGGCAAAGUCAUUACCAACAAAGCCGUUAAGGGAAAAUACAAGUUUUUACAAAAGUAUUAUCACCGGGGUGCCUUCUUCAUGGAUGAGGACGAAGAGGUAUACAAGAGAGAUUUUAGUGCACCUACUCUUGAGGACCAUUUCAACAAAACCAUUCUUCCAAAAGUCAUGCAGGUCAAGAAUUUUGGACGGUCUGGUCGUACAAAGUACACCCACCUUGUAGAUCAAGAUACCACUUCCUUUGACUCUGCAUGGGGCCAAGAGAGUGCCCAGAACACAAAGUUCUUUAAGCAAAAGGCAGCUGGGGUACGUGAUGUAUUUGAGCGACCAUCUGCCAAGAAGAGGAAAACCACCUAGGCUUCAACUACUUAUUCCAACUCUGGGACACAAGGGCAUCUGGUCCUCAGUUUUCUUUACCCAUUAUUUACAUAGUUCUUGUAUAGAGCCUUCUGGACUUCCUGCCAUACCGUGUGUUUGAAGGUGCUUUGUAAGAGGUUUGGACUCAUCCUGAGAAACCCACAGAAAAGCACUAGCCAGGUAGGGUUAGAGGCUUCCCACUUCAACAAUUUCUGAGAAAUCUUAGGUUUCUCUACCAUGGCUUCCCAUAUUGACUUGGGACUGUUCUGAGCUUAUUUUUCCAGCAUCUUAGCCUGGAUCAGAUACGUGGGCAUGUGAGUGGAUGACACAGUACUCUUCCUUAAGGUCAGGAGUAGGGUAUAAGGAAAUCUAAACUCAAUCCAACAUGUUUUUGCAUUUGAGGUGUUGAAUCUACUUUUUGUAAGUAAACAUACUUUUUAAUCUC